UUCUGCGCUUCGCUCAGACAAAAAGAAUUCCUCUCCAGUGAAAGUGAGCGAGACAGAUCUUCGGUAGUUCACCUCAGUUUUAUAACUAUUUCUUUCAACUACUGCCAUUUGUCUGAGUGUUUGAUCUAAGACAAUAAUUGUGUGAUUGCCAGAAACCCAGAUUUGUUCCCUGCUAGUAAGUUUUUGAUCCCAUUUCCUCAUUUAAUAAUACUUAAUUACUCUGUUAUACUCUCCCCCACCGACGCAGCACCACAGUUUUUUUAGGAACUACCAUCAAUGCUUGCCUUUCAUAACCGCGGUAACCUGGGGACUAAAGCAUACUACCAAGAUGGCGGCUGUUUUAAUGUUUUCAAUCUUCUUGGCUUAGAAUUGAUUGAUCAAGUCGUCGAGUUUCUUUUGCAAAAGUAACGCCAGCACAAUGUAUCAUCCAUCAAGAGGCGGAGUUCGCGGUGGACAAGAUCAGUUUGAUUGGGAAGAUGUAAAGCUCGACAAGCACCGAGAAAGUUACUUGGGUAAGUGAAAGGUUACAUUGACCUCUAUUCAAUGGUAUAUUGUCUCAAAACAUCGAUAUUAAAUAAGGUGACCACGGACCUUUCUAUGCAACUCUUUUGAAUCCAUGAGCAUGAUAAAUAAAUUAUUUUUCAUUGAUUCGGUUGGGAAAGAAUAUCAAUUUUGACUCCAGUAUUUUCAACUUUAAUACAUGUAAUUUGCGGAGACUAAUCACAAUUUUAGACUACGUUUAUACAAGGUUAACUUUGUGGAAUGUUAAAUUUUUUGUACGUAAUGUAUUAAUAUUUUACUCUGUGUUUUUGACCAUAGGUCAUUCGGUUAAGGCUCCUGUAGGAAGGUGGCAAAAGGGAAAAGAUCUACACUGGUAACUACCAUUAAUACCGUUUACAAACUAAGGAUGUUGUUUUAUUGGCUCUUGUAAGACUGAGUUAUUUUCAGCCAGAGCUUAUAGGCUCUUCAACAAGAGCUGGAGACCAAUAAAAUUUGCCAUCUAUUUCUCAUGAUCGUGCUGCUCACUUUAAUAAAAUAACAGUUGAAUCUGAUUGUUUUUUCAUUAGUUUGCAAUAUGAAGGGCACUAAUAUGCCAAAUGCUCAUUCCCACAACCAAAUCUUUGGAAAUUAUACCAGAGCUCGAGGAAACAUGAUGAAUCUCACUUGGAAGAUCUCUUUCUUACUCCUUAAACAUUGUCAUAAAAGAGAACUUUGCCUUGAUCAAUAUCUGAGCAUGCAUAUAUUUUUGAAUCUGCCCCUUUUUACAAUCUUUCCCCUGGUGUUUUCUUUUCUGUCUACCCAUAUUUAAAUUUUUUCUGAUGUAGAAGGUGAUUGGAUAUUACAGGUACUAUUACUGGGAAUCCUAGAUAAAAACUGAGUUGUUUUAUACACCUUGUUAGAUAACAAUCGUGCUAUAAUGACAUCAAGUUUCCACUUUUGUUUUGCUUUUUGACAUAUUUAAAGCUUGUGGUAUGUUUGUGUCCAAACCUUGCCCUAUCAGAAACCCUGUGGAGCAUCCUUUAAUAUGGUCGUACAGUUAAUUAUUAGGAUGAACAUGUGAAAAGGGUAAUAUGUUUAGCAUCAAAAAGUCAUAUUUAAGAAUCGGUAGCUGGUAAACUUCACAACUACUUGCAAUAUCUUCAUUGGGUAUGUAAGUUGUCAAUUGAGAGAUCAGAAUACCUCUAAUGAGAUGAUUUUCACAAUAUGUAGACUGAGAAUGCAACAUGUUACCCUAGCAUUACUUACUUAUUUAACAAUUCUCAUCAAUCCCUAGAGAAUAUAUUUAGGAAAAUAUAUAUCAUGGGUAAAUAUUCCACAUGAACUUGUAUAGUUUACAACGUACAUGUACUGUAAAAAUGUGAAAUUUUGAAAUGGUCAUAGAAUAACCAAGCAGCAUGAUUUUAACAACAGCAAUACACUAUUUUAUAUUUCAGGUAUACAAAAAGUGGUAAAGGAAACUCAGGAAUGUCAAAGCAAGAGGUAAUGGACCAAUGACUGUAACAGUUAUCACUAAAAUGGUUACAAAAACAAUUGAUUUAAUGAUAAGCAACUAAGCAAAAAUUGGUGGUUAAUUCUUACACUCCUAAGAUCUGAUUAUUAAUUCUUCCCUUCGGCUGCUUCACAUUUCCUUGUAGAUGAGUCAUAAGAAUUUGGUAUUAGAUCAAGAUAACAACUCUUACCAAAUAAGUUUGGGUUAAUUCUCAUAAUCUGUUUCCUGAAUAAGGUAUGGAAAUCAUAAGGGGAAGUUACCUUUUAAUCACUUUUGGGAGCUAAAGGGUGGAGAGGAAUUAUUUUGCAUUGAUUACAAAAGACUGUCUUUGGUGAAGAUUUUAAAAAAGAAACUAUUUUAAUCAAAUAUUUUGAAAUUGUAUUGACUUUCAUUCAAAGUGGUGUUAUUUGUCUUAUAAAUGUUGUGCACUAAACAGUCAAAAUUAGCUUUAACCCUUUAAUUUCCAGAAGUGAUUCACAUGUAACUUCUCCCUUCAACAUCCAUCCAUUAUCCAGCAAACAGGUAAUGAGAAUGCUCAAAUGUAUCAGGUAGAAGUUUUUAUCUUAAUCUAACACCAAAUUCUUGCAACAAAUUUUCGAGGAAAUGUGUAGCAGCUAGAGGGGAGAAUUAACAAUCAGAUCUUGGGAGUUAAAGGGUUAAUAACAGUUUUCUGACUUUUUAUUUUAAAUCUAUAGGAAAAAGAUGCAGUUAAGAGAAUGGAAGCUGAAGCACUUGCAAUAGCACUGUAAGACAACAUGUAAUUGCAUAUUGAAUUAUUAUUAUUAUUAUUUAAUCUAUUAUAUACAUUUGUUAAGAAUACCACUUCAGCAUGUUAAUUUUUUCAUGUAUGGUAAAUUGCCAAGUCGGAUGUCCACAGCCCUUACUGGAAUGUAUUGAUGCAGCACAUGUUAGAUACGAGGUGUUUUUGAGCUGAGCAGCAGUGGAAUAAUUAUUUACUGGUAUAAUACUAUUAGUUUUCUACCACAAAAUAAUGCUGCAAUCAGACUGGUCACGUAACUUGCUAUAUAUUCUUUGGUUCAAUAUUUUGCGGCUUUCAAAAGACUACCUGUAAUUCAAAUGGAAUGCAUUUUUUUUUCUUUAGAGGGAGAGGACCAAGCAGGAAAGUAGCAAGUGGUGUUUCAAAACAGGUUACUAAGAUCUAAAUAGUCUGAGGCCAUUAAUAUGUUACACUUGACUAGUACUGAUGGUAGUAUGUUGCAUGGAGAUGUGUUUAAAUUUUAAAUCUUCCCUCGAAACUGCUCAUCAGCUUUAAAUUACCUCUGCCGAAAAGUUGGUCAAUUUACAUAGAGAAGUCCAGGGUCAGUGCUGGUUGCAGUUGUGUAUUUAGGUGUUACUCUUAAAUCACACAGUGACUCUCCUCCCAAGAGAAUAAUGACUCUGUCAACUUGCACUUCUUGUCACAAGAGCAGUUAAUUACUUAAGUUGAUUCAAGAUCAUUUUACCUGAAUUAAACGUGUAUUUUAAGCUGCUGUAGACUGAGCUGCUAAAUGUAAGACACACCCCUAAAAAUUAAGUGACCACUGAUGUAUAAUUUUUUAGUAACAGCUUCUUAACUUUAAAACAUCACUUUCACCAGGAACUGGCUGAAGUAUGUCGCAAGGGUCAAGUGGAACGUGACUCAAUGGACAUUGAAAGGGUUCAAGGCAUGGGAUUUGGAAGGUAUUACCUCAAUGUUUGAUUCAGGGGUGAUAUAUUAAGAGAAACUUAAUGCCAGUCACUCUUAGAGGUUGAAGGGUAAAGAAAAAAUGUCUUCAAACCUUUUGUGUAUCAUUUUAUUUCUCAUCAGCACAAGAGCUUCUCUUGUAGCUGGGCUGUCUGCACCCAUGAAGGAGACACUGAGUGCCACAGGAUCACAACAGGUGUAGUUCUUGCGGGCAUUAUAAUGAAUUGUUUUUAUACUUCAAUUACCUACAAGUCUAAUGACAGGUCAAGUUUGAUUUUCCUUUCCCGGUCCCAUAAUCUGAUUGGCUCUAAUUGAUGCAAUUUAUUCAUGAAUUGCACCAUUUUUUGCUUUAAAUCACAUUUUUUUUCCCAGCCAAUGAGGAGGCUACACUAAAAACAAAACAACCGAUCAGAUUUCAAGGCUUGUUUAAAGUAACUGAUCAAAUUGCAGGAAAAUGAAAGACAAAGAUUAUCAUGUGGCAAAUUUUGCAACUUUUGUUUCCAAAACUCUUACUUUUUCCCUCCAAAAAAAUGGAUGAAUUUAAUUUCAGACCGGCUCAGUACUGCAUCAAUAAAAUAUUUGAAUGUAUCAAGUCCUGUAUUUGGGUGAUUUCAAAAUGGAUGUAACAAAGUGGUUGAACCUCGUGUCAUGCAAUUUUGGUCUGAAAUCUUACUUGUGAUUUCAAGUCAAACUCGCGCUGCGCACCUGUUUUAUUUUGAAAUCAAGCAUAUGAUUUCAGCCCAAAUUGCACUCCAAUCAGUUCAAUUACCAUUAUUAAUUUUAAGUUAUUGAAAAAUGUUAUUAAUGCUCAGAACAAAAUAUUGCAUUUUUGAUUAAGAGAUGGGGAGACCAUUCCUCUACCAUAUCUUUAAAUAUAUGUUGCUUAAAGUUGUAAAAAAAGUACAUUUUAAGAUCACCCAAAUAAGAUGAGCAAGUCCUUUAAGAGGGAUGUUGAAAUGAGCAAAUCUUUUUUGUUCUGUUUAAGAGUAUUUAACUGGCUAUUUUUUCAUACUGUCAAUUUUUCCUAAUAUUUCUUAUAUGCUUAUAGGAAAGACAUGCAGAUCCUGCAACACCAAGCAAUACAAAGACAGGAGAAGUUUUAAGGAGUGAAAGAGAAGAAGACCAUGCCAGCGAUAAGAUAAAGAGGAAGAAGGAGAAGAAAGAAAAGAAAUCUAAAAAAGAAAAGAAACACAAAAAGAGGAGGCAUGGCGAGGAAGAAAAGAAAAACAAGAAGAACCACAGUGAAGAAGCUGAUAAUGAGCAUAAGAAAUCUAAACAUUCGAGGAAAAGAACACAUGAUCAUGAUAAAGUUAAUCAAAGUAAUUCUAAGAGUGAGAGACAUGAUUCAUCGUCAUCAGGUAGUGAUUCAUGUGAUAAAAGAGACAGAUAUUCCAGGAGACGACAUGAUUCAUCAGAUGGAGACAUAUCAAGGACAACUACUGCAAGGCACAGAGACAGAGGAGAAGAAAGGCCAGGACGACGUAGACAAAGGCAUGACACUGAGUAA